UUUGUACCGGCAACCUCGCCUAUCUGCAUCAUGAGCUCUUUCACUCCGAAGCUGAGUCUGGCUCUCAAGAAGAAGAAGAAAGUCAACAAGAGAACGAAUCCGAAAAAAUCUGAUCUCAAGGAAGCCUUUGGGGGCAUAGAGGCUCGUUCCGAUUUGCAAAGCAACCCCAUCAGCGAGGAACGAACGGAACUUUUGGUCAUUCCCGCAGGUGAAAACAAACUCAAAUUUCAUCAUGAAAUAGAUGCGAAUAUAAAGGUAGAAGAUUACGCGGCAAUGAAGGCUUUGCAGGAUGAGGCAGACGGAGGAAGACGCGGAAAAUUGGUGAAGUCGAAUGUCCUCUCCACUCUAGUAAUUCAAGCAAAUGAGGACACGUUUCAACAAGAAACGGAACAAUUCAAGGCCGACAUAGACACACUACCAGAGGAACCAACUCUCGACUCAGAGCAGUACCGAAGGGUCCCCAUCGGUGACUUUGGAGCAGCCAUGCUGCGAGGAAUGGGCUGGAGUGGAGACGACGUCUCGUUGAAAAGUGGAGGUGACGCUGAGUUGGCUAUAUCACGACCGCAUCGUCUGGGUCUGGGUGCGACCCCCAAAUUGGACGCGCCAACAUCAAAGCGAACCCGGCGGCCGGAUCAAGUAAAACGACAAGAAGCUUUGGAAAAACAACAGGAGGAAUAUGCGCAACAGCGGGAAAAACAACUUGCAAUGGACAAGCAACGGACGAUUCAGAAUGGAAGUAUCGUGAAGGUUAGAAGAGGAAAACGAGCACGAGUUUUACAAUUGGUUGGAGUUCCUGGAUUAAAUAUGGUGAAAAUUCAAUACGAAGGCCAUUCAGAGCCAUCUGUUGUAAAACGUGGAGAGAUUGAUCAGCUGCUAUCCAGAGAUGACUUGGACAAGAUACCGUAUAAAGAUACCCGACUAAGAGACGUCACGGUUCGAACGAAAGAAACUGAUGUUAACGAUGCACUAGAUAGAAAAGGUCCAGAUAGAAUUCGCCCGCAUGUGGAGGAUGGAGACCGGAAUCGAAAACAAGAUAGGGAUAAAAAAGGUGCCGAGGAGCCCCCAUCGAAAAAGCCUCGCGAAGAAAGACGCCCAAAAUGGGCAAUAUCCAAUAUCCGAGUGCGAAUUGUUUCCGAACGACUUGGAAAGCGGUAUUUCAAAGAAAAGGGCAUUGUUGCAGACGUGACGCCGAAAGGACUUACAGUAGAGCUCGCCAACGGAACGGUCCUGGAUCAGGUUCCGGAAAGGUACCUCGAGACAGCCUUACCAAAAGUUGGUGGGAAGGCAAUUGUGUUGACUGGAUCUCAUCGAUUUGCAAAAGGUCAACUCCUUGAAAGAGACUCACGAAAAGCGAUGGCAGUUAUUCAGUUUUAUGAGGAUAUGCAUGUCCAGAGCGUCCCAUUAGACGAUGUCGCUGAAUGGUGCGGGCAUCUAGACAACGAUCUCGGCUAA